CCUGAUCCGGACCGCAUGCUUACAUAAUAUUUGAUUCGAUUUUAACGGUUUCGGGUGGGUUUAGGUUCUCUUGUCCACCCCUAGUAAGUGUAUUUGUUGGACCGACUUGUGAAGCAAAAAGUUUGCUAUUCUACGCGACUUUAUCAAAGUUCCUUUUAACUCCAACUGUUAACAAACCAGCGAUCUCUGCUGCCUGACUCACACCAAAUUACUUCCGAUAAAAACGAAACGCCAGAUGAUUCUAUUUGCCACCUCACCGUCAUCACUAUCACUCACCAACGCCACGUUACUUUUUGUUAGCCACAUCACAAUUUUUCAGAAAAAUAGAAACUUUACAUGCGAGUGUCACAACAACGACUGAAACCUCAUCGAUCAACAUGUCAUCGCCAAAGACAAAUUCAAGAGAAAAAGAUUUGCAGAUUGUGGUCCGAUCACCACCGUUCGAUCUUCCCGAUGGUUGGUUGGUCGAGCAACACCGCCGCCGUAGCCCUAACCCCGACCAUGUUGAAAGGGUUGAUAAGUAUUACAUAGAGCCAAACACAGGACAGAAGUUCCGUUCUUUGGUAUCUGUUCAGAGAUAUCUAAAUGAAGAAACAAAAGAUUAUCUUCCUACUGAGAGAAUGAUAUCACAAAACAAAAACACUACACGCAUCAAGUUUAAGACUAAACAAAAGUUUCGUCCUGCGAGAGAUUUCGAGGGAGGAGGUUUAGCUGUGAAAGAUUUCGAGGGAGGAGGUUUAACUGGAGAAAAUGCAUGUAGACCUACACCCAAGAUAAUUUUCAAAUGCGGCUCUGGAAAGCCAAGUGCUCCUAUGACUCAAAAACCUAUUCAAUCACUUUCCGAAAAAACUCAUUCUAAGAAGAAAACCAAAUCGGGGAAAGAAGGAAGAGGUUCAAUCCAUAACUUAACAAGACCACCAACAAAAGUAAGCUGGGUUUUGUCUGGUCCUGGUGGCUUCUGGAAUCCUUUCCUAGAUGAUUCUGUUGUACCAGCAUCUAAAAAGGCGAAAUGGUCCAAAGCAUUUUCAAUAUCGAUUAAUGAAGGAGCAAAUAAUUGACACUAGACUUAAUAGUUAGGAUUCAUAAUGGAGACAGACUUGACAUAUUGGCGACUAUGUGCUGUUACAAUGUAGCUUAGAUUGUAGCAUAUAUGCAGAGAUCGUUCUAGUUCACUGGUUACAAUAAUGUAUUUUGUGUCGCAAUGGUUCUAGGUAUAAUAUUUCAUUUUUGACAGGCAAACUGGUGAAGGAUUGAAGUUCCAACAUCAUCGCCUCGUUUUGUUUAUCUCUGUCUUUGUACAGUGAAAUAUAAACUAGUUUUUGUCCCCUUUUAACUUAAUAUUAUAACUUUAGCUUAUAAACAAA